AGAACCAGAGGAGGUAAAAAAAUCAUACGAAAUAAGGAACGAUGAACUCGGGCUAGAUCCGCGAAAAGAAAGCACGCGAUGGAAAGCGUAAAUAUUUACAUUUUUUGAGUAUUUGGGAAAGUAAUUCUUUAUUUACAAUAAUGACAGACGGAAAUAUUUCCAUGGAAGAGGAUACAGAGCUACGUGAUUUGGUUGCUCAAACUUUAGAAAAUAAUGGCGUGUUGGCCAAAGUGCGAGCAGAACUUAGAGCUAGCGUCUUUUUAGCCCUCGAGGAACAAGAAUCUGUGAUGAACACAGAGCCACUUCUUAACAAAACUGUAAAGCAGUACCUGGCCAACCCUGAGGGGCGAUUGCUAUUCUCUUUAGUGAGAGAGUUUCUGGAAUAUUUUGGUCUGGAUUAUACGAUAUCUGUAUAUGAUCCUGAAACAUAUUCUGGAAAGGAAUAUAAUUAUACCGGCAGAAACAAACUUUGUGAAGAACUAGGUAUCAUAUCGAAUGAGCCAUUGCUCGGGGAAAUUCUGAGGAAUUAUAAACGCGGUGGUUUUAAUACUUCACAACAGAAUGACGACAAUGGCAAUGCAGCAACAAAGCAUCAUGAAACCUCUACUAACGUUUGCAACAAAACUUAUGAUGAAAUUUUGCCAAAAAUGUUGCAUAAAGAGUCCACAUCUCUCUCAAACGAUAAUGACUCUUCAGAAAAGAUAGAAAGCAUGUCUGAAUCAGUUCUGAAAAUUCCUAUAAAUGUUACAAUAACUGACAAGAAGAAGACUAGUCAGUCGUUCAAUAACGUUUUGAUAGAUACUUCUAGUUGUGAGCUCCAAAAAAUUAAUACUUCGAGAAACCAUGCUGAAGAAUCUGACGAUAUCUCUGAAACUCAUGAAGUAGAUGUUAAAGAAAAUAACGAUAUACAUAUAAGUGACUUUUCAAACAACCAAGACGAGCUAAACGGAGAAACCGAAAUAAACAUCCAGAGCGAAAAACAUUCAUUGAAUAAAACCGAGCCAUUGAUUAAGUUUGAUGAAUCUAUAGUAGAACAGGUAAAACCGAAUCAAAACGAAGAUGAAACAAAACAGAAUACUUUGAAUAAUACUGACUUACAUAACGCAAACAAUGUACAAAACAAAAAAUUAACAACGGAUAACAAGCUGGGGAAAACGGUAUAUUUUGACGAGAUUAUUAUUGAUGGUAAAACGGAAAAAAUUGGCACUAAUCACAAGAGUGAAUCAUCAUUACUAGGUGACUUGCCACCAUUACCGACAAAAGCUUCUUCCAUAUUUAGCGAUCUACCCUCGUUGAAUACUAAGAAAGCAGAUAUAAACGAUCUCAAGGAACUAAUGGACAUUGCCUCCGAAGAUAUGGAUAAUUACGAGGAAGACUUCAUCUCAUCUGCAUCUGGCAGUGCAAAUGAACAGAGUCCAUCUAAGAGCCCUGAAAAAUUCGAUAAUUCCCAAAAGUCCCGGUAUAAAAAAGACGACAGACUCCAAAGUAUUAGAAGUGAUGACAUAAGUGAAGAAAUCGAGGACAUUGAUGAAAUUCUCAGCAGUACAUCUUGCUUGGAUACUGUAGCUGCAGAUAAGUCCAUGGCUAAUAUAACCGUGGGUUUAGUUGCGGACUAUGUCAAGGAGGUGUGAUUUGAAAAUCCUAUGCAUUUUUUGAAUCUUGGCAAAUCUUGUCCUACUAUAUCGAUAAGCAAGACACUGCCGGAUGUGGCUCAAUACUUUCUAAGUUGCGCGACAGAAUGAUGGACAAGGAGGAAUACCGACGGUAUAAAUAUAUUUGAUUGAUUCAACAGGGCGCCAGAAAAUGAAAGUUUUUCCUGUAUUUCAUCAUUCAUCACCUGGCACCCAUCCCAGGUAGUGUGAAAUCUGUAUCAUGCUGUCUUAAUCUACUGUUCAGUCUAAUAUCUUUCUUGUCCCUUACUCGGUUUGGCGCUUAGUAUUACUAUUAUUAUAAUGAUUAAUUUAUAAAUCUACUAUUUAGGGUACAUAUAAAUAUUUUGAAAUCACGUAAGAUUUAUUCGGACCGCUACUUGAGGAUAACUUGGUUAUUUUGAGUUGCAAAUUUUAUGGUAGUUCAUGUUGAAUUUGAUGAUUUCUCCUCUGUAUUUAUCUUGGUGACUGAAUAUUAUGAAUUACCUCAUUCAACUAAAGUUACUGACAUGAUAUCUUUAGCGAUAUCUAAGCAAAUUAUCCGUCUGAUUAUGGAUUGCCUAAAAAGUCCACCAGAACAUUUUCGAAGAUAAUGGUGCUAAGUGUUUGAAAAUGUCAUAAUUUAUGAAAGUUAGGAAUCGAAAAAAGUUGGGUGCUGAUAUAGGUAUUUACUCGCAUUUAUUUAGCAAGAUGUUUUACCGUAUAACAAAAUAAUUAUUAAAAAUGAUGAUUUUUUGGCAAUCCAAUACUAAACUAAGGAAAAAUAUCAAAAUAGCUUGGGCAAAAACUCAAUGCCUCUCCCUACAAUGCAAUAACUAAGUACAAUUCGAGGUGGAUCAACUGUAUACUUGAAGUACGGUGAUUCUCUUAUAAAAACUAAGACGUUACACGUUGUUUUUGCAAAAGUAUCUCCUGUGUCGAGUGGAAGUAUCAUAAUAUAAUAUAAUACAAUGCGCUGAAGUUGCUUUGAAUGGACUAUCUUUACAAUUCAGUUGUUAAGUAUGAAAAAAAUUUCGUCGUAAUCAACUUUCCAUUCGCAUCAACGUUAUGCCGUAACAAAUACAUAAACGUAAGCAAAAAAAAGCUAAGGAAAAAAAACUUGAACAAAAACAGGUGUGUUCCUGACCAAUCAGCGUGGUUACACUGUGUUUUCUAAUUUCUAUACCUAAUUUAUUUAGAGAAAAAAAUGAAAGAAAAAAAGGAAUUCAGGACUGCGAGUAACAUUCCCACAUCUCAUAGAACUUAGGCAAUAGACACAUUCCAUUUUUAUUAAGAUUGUUCAUAUUAUUUUAAUUGGCUAGAAAGUAGGAAAUCAAAAUAUGGAAACAGAUAUAUUGCAAAAUAGUUUGUAAGUUUUUAUCAAAUAUUUUAAUGGCGCGUGAUACGCAGUAAAAUUUUAAUAUAUUUCAUAACACUGCUGGAAAUAUUGUAGUAUCACUGAUAGAAUUUCGAAUUCAUUUUGUUACCAACAAAAUAAUAACUAUAUUUAAUCACAAUAUUACACUAAUCACUAUUCUUUUAUUAAGGGUUUCAUGUUCAAGCUACAGAAGCUAUUGCAUGAUAUACCAGUUUUAUGGUUCAAUGGCACCUCAAUCGUUUGUACAAUUGAUAUUGCAUUGGAUCCACAGAGGAUGUGAUUUAAUCAGGUUCGAAAGUAAUCAAGAGUUGAAUAGUAUGGAAUUAUAGAUUUACUCUCAUAGUUGUCGACAAAUGUUACUAGUAAUAUACAUAUAUAGACUAAAUUUCGACAGUUCAAGUAUUAAAACUAUAUCCAUAAUAUUUUUACAUACACAUAUACCGGUAACCAUGUUGUAACCACGUUGGAAAAUUGGUAGCUAUAUCGUGCCUUUUAGCGUGUACGAAUGAAAAUAAUAUUAAUAUUAACAAUAAUAGUAAUAAUAAUAGUAAUAUUAACAAUAAUAGUAGUAACAAUGAUCAUACCGAUUAUUGCAAGUAAACACUGUGGAAUUGUGGGUUUUUUUUUAUAAAUAUUUAUAAGACACUUGGAUUACUUAUUUAUGGUUUACGAACUUAUGAUGAUAUUCAUGUAUUUGUUAUUUAUUUUAUAAAAACUUUCUCUUUUCCAAGUA